UUGAAAGAGACACAAAUUGUAUCUAUACGUAGCUCAAUCUCUCACUCAUUUGGAAAUCUCAUGCAAAAUAUAAUGGAAAUGCAAACCAUUGACUAAAGAUCAAUAGCAUAAGAUGAACGGGAAACAAUCUUUACGCUUCAAUAUCGCAAUGGCUACUCCCACCUUAUGUUUUCUACUCCUCGUCCUCUUUGUUUCGGGUGCAGGAGCUCAGCAGAUCAAAUACUCGAAUAUAUCUUUGGGUUCUUCCCUGUCUCCUGCCACCUACUCAUCAUGGCCUUCACCCUCUGGAAUCUACGCCUUUGGGUUUUAUCAGCUGGGCCAAGGCUACGAGGUCGGGGUUUUCCUUUCAGGAAUCCAGCAGAGAACCAUCGUCUGGACUGCACAUAGAGAUGAUCCGCCAGUUCCAGAGAACACCACUCUUCUCCUCACGACAGAUGGGAGGCUUGUCCUGAACUCAGCGGAUGGCGGAGAAACCAGCAUCGCCGACCCUAUUGAAUCGGCCUUCUCGGCUUCCGUGACCGAUUCAGGCAACUUCUUACUCCGCAAUCCGAGUGGGGACAUCAUAUGGGAAAGCUUCAACAACCCGACCGAUACCCUCUUGCCAGGUCAGCGCCUCUCAGCAGGGCAAGAGCUCUUCUCUAGUAUCUCGGCAACAAAUCCUUCCACUGGAAUAUUUCGUCUCAAGAUGCAACACGACGGGAAUCUAAUCCAAUACCCAGUUCAAACUCCAGACACAGCUCCCUACUCUUAUUUCACCUCCUGGACCGAUGGAAGAGGAGAUAAUGUGUCCCUCAACUUUGAUCAGGAUGGACAUCUGUAUUUGUUGAACACCACGGGAUUCAACAUAAGGAACAUAACAACAGGAGGUUAUCCAUUGGAAGAUAGCCUUUAUCGGUUUACCAUCGGCUCCGAUGGACUGCUGAGACUGUACUCAUAUGACUUGAAGCAGAACAACAGCUGGUCAGUCCGGUGGUCUUCCACAAACGAUAAAUGUGAUCCAAAGGGUCUCUGUGGAUUCAACGGAUUCUGUGAUCUGGACAAUCAAGAAGCUGAAUGUAGAUGUCUCCCGGGAUUUGACUUGGUUCAGAGAGGCAAUUGGACUGCAGGCUGUGGGAGGAAUUUCACUGCAGAUGAUUGCAAAAGUGAACAAGAUGGGAUCAUUACAGGAAAUUAUGUCAUGGAGUCAGUGGAUAGUAUGCAAUGGGAAGACGAUCCGUACUCUGUCCUGGAAUUGGCGAAUAAAGAAGCAUGUGAAAAGGCCUGUUUAGAGGAUUGCAACUGUGAGGCCGCCCUGUUCACGGCCGGGAAAUGCAGUAAGCAGAGGCUUCCUCUCAGAUACGGAAGAAUUGCAUCCAAUGGUCCCACAUCAGCUCUCAUCAAGGUGGGUGCACCUUCAACUGAUGAGAAUGGUCCGACUCCAAGAGAGAAAACAAAGGAGGUCCGAAUGGAUAUACUGAUAGUCAGUAUGUUGUUAGCUUGUUUCGGAAUUAUACUGCUGGCUCUUUCAGGAAUUAUUAUACACAGAAAUCGUUUGUGGGAGUACAGAAGAAUUCGUUCUAAAGUUGAAAAUUGUGGGUUCGGGGAACUUAUGGCUCCUCGAUGCUUUACUCUGGCGGAACUCAAGACAGUGACUGACAAUUUUAAGGAAGAACUUGGAAGAGGAGCAUUUGGGACCGUCUACAAAGGGAUGAUAUGGGGUAGCGACAAGGUUGUAGCUGUCAAGAGACUAGAUAAGUACUUGGCGGAAGGGGAAAAGGAGUUUCGGACAGAAGUGGAGGUUAUAGGAAGGACCCAUCACAGGAACCUCGUGCGUUUGCUUGGAUACUGCGUAGACGGGCCCCACAGGCUGCUGGUCUACGAGUACAUGAGCAAUGGAUCACUUGCAGGCGUACUUUUCUCACGAGAAAAGCAGCCUCCUCCAUGGAAUGAGAGGAUGGGGAUUGCUCAGGACAUAGCUAGAGGAAUCCACUACCUUCACGAAGAGUGCGAAUCUCAGAUCAUCCACUGCGACAUAAAGCCACAGAACAUAUUGAUGGACAAGGGUGCGAAAAUCUCAGAUUUCGGGCUUGCGAAGCUGAUGGGCCCUGACCAAACAAAGACAUUUACAGGAAUCAGAGGAACGAGAGGAUAUGUUGCACCAGAGUGGCACCAGAAGCAGCCAAUCACAGCAAAAGCUGAUGUUUACAGCUUUGGGGUCAUGCUUUUAGAGAUCAUUUGCUGUCGGAAGAAUGUGGACUGGAAUCUACCGGAGAAAGAAGCUAUUCUGGAAGAAUGGGCUCGUGACUGCUUUGAGAACGGCGAGGUUCAAAAAUUGGUGGGCGAUGAAGUUGUUGAUAAGAGAGAGUUGGAAUCGGCUGUUAAGAUUGGACUCUGGUGCAUUGUCGACGAUCCCACACUUCGUCCAUCAGUGAAGAAAGUGCUGCUGAUGUUGGAAGGCUCAUUGGACGUCCCAAUCCCCCUCCCACUCCAGCCUUUUCUGUGAGUAACAACUGCUCUGCAUCAGCAUGCAUGCCUGAAAUGGAUAGGCAUAAACAUAUUUUAGAUUACGAAAAAUAAAGUGAACUCCUGUAUGAUCUACCAAUAGCAUAAAUGUCGUGUUUGCUAUCAAAUGUAAUCUCCUUUUUUUUUUUUUUUUUUUUUUGGAGGGGGGGGUUGGGGGGUGGUGGUGUCGUGGGUGUGAACUGUUCUAUGUAUCUACUAGCUAUCCAUGCAUCAUAGCUAACAAAUAUAUUAAGCUGUGAUAUUAAGAAAAAUAUAUGAAAAAACACGGCAACCCAUACUAGAGAUAAUAUUCAGUACAGUUGGAUCAGUAUCAAAUUAUUGGCCACUUUGUAG